AUGUCUUUCUACCAGGUGAAUUUGGCCGCUUUCGUGGCGGGCAAUGGAUACCUGCUCUACCAACAGUACAAGCGCCAAGAGCAAGAAGCCAUCGAAGAGUUGAAGCAGGAGGCGGCCAGUACUGAAGAUGGCGCUGAAGCCGGAGACGUUGAGCAACACCAGCUGCUCUCGGAGCCCGCCGUAUCACAGGCCGCUGUCCGACAGUUCCAGCUCGACUUCUUCCCCGUCUACGCUCUGGCAGUAGCAGCGGACUGGUUGCAGGUAACAGAAGCGUAA